ACUAAAUGAACCGUUCACCCUAAAGGUUCGUUUGCUGUGCGCAAUGGCUUUGUUUCCUCCUUCUCGUACUCCACUGGCCUGCACUGAGUGUGGUAGCCGAUUCUUCCUGCAGGAUGAGGACCAGGAUAUGAAGGUUUGCAGCUCGUGCGGAGCUACACAGACUCAGACACUUCUGGAAGUGAGCGAGGAGGUCUUUGAGACACAGCAAGUGAAGGGCGUUCAGUUCUUGCAGCAAGAGGAGGACUACGCGGGUCGCACGAGCCUCAGCGCCUUGGAGCAGAUGAAAAAGCGAUUGGACGAAGAGACAAGUCCAGAUGUCCAUCGACAAGUCCAAGCAGCGGCCAGUCAAUGGUCAGGGGAUCAUCAUCUCACUUCGUGGAUGUUGGCAACAUUUCUUUGGAAAGAGAUCUUGAGAACGGCUGCGGGCGAGGAGAGACUGAACCUGGUGACGUUGAACCGCCACGGUCGCAGCCUUUGGUUGGCCUUCUUCGAGGCUUCAAGGCCACAACCGUACCACACCAGCUAUGAGAUGAGAACAGAAAAGGAGUGGUACCAUUUGGCUUGGUCUCAGCACGAAAGAGACUUGAUCAAAAAGGCUAUGCUGCAGGAUUCUCAGGAGCUUCACGCUGAGGCCCGUGCACAGGCACAGGUGGUGGUGCACGAUGGAGAUGAGGCAGAGGUGGACGGCCAUGUGAAGCUGAAAGAGAGGGUCAAAGAGAUCCGAGAAACGAACAGAUACAGAUUAACCUUAAGCGGUCCGAUGGUCCUGGCUUUAUUGUACUUGGCAGUGAACAACUGUGGUGUCAAGCCCUUUCUACUGGGCGAUUUGCUCCGGGCGGCUGCCGACGGUUGGUUGAGACCUUUGAUCUGUCGGAUUGAGACCUUGCACGCUGAUCAAUAUAUCCUUUAUUCCAACCAGAGCCGUCCGGUUCAGAAACCCAUCGUCUUCCCCGAGGUGGCUGUUUGCCUUGACGAGUUGGAGGCUCGCCAAUUUCCUUGUGUGCGUCUUGCGCCCCAACAGCUGCUCCGUCGAUUUGGAGAGAAUAUCGGCAGAGCAGAGCAGGAUGUCAUGCUUGUGGCCAACUUCGUAUGUCGCAUAGCCAUUGAUCUGGAGAUGUGGCCAAAAUGCUCAUACGAAGACAAGAUGGACCUCAUGAUAGUGCUACUGACGUCACCCUCGUCGGUCCUCUUUGCCGAGCUGGUGGCUUUAGUGUCAGUGCUGGCCGCUGUCUGGAUUCUAGAGCGAAAAGUGCCAAAUGCGAAGAGAAAGAGGAGAAAGUCCCCGAAGGCUCAGAAAGAGGAGAAGGAGGAGGGAAUGGAGAAAGAGACAAACGGAAGGCAAAACGAUGCCAAGAAGGAAAGGAAUGCCCAGAAGGACACGAAGGUUGGAAAGGACGAGGACAAGAAGGACAAGACGAAACAGAAAAUGAAGGAACAGAAGAACGAUGCCGAGAAGGCCAAGGUUGUUAAGAAGGCCAAAGCCAAAGAGGCCAAGGCCAAGGUUGAGAUCAAAGAGGAAGCUCACGAAGCUGAAGAGCACGGCUCGAACACGCACCUCGCUGCUCCGGUCUGCGCCCCCAAAGCGGGUCACGAAGCCCCGCACGAAGCUGUAAGGCCAAGGCCGUGUGCGGGACCCUUUAUGAGAACGGUGCAGGACCUGAUGCACAGAGGCUUCCAGCCAUUGGAAACGAGUGAAGCAACGGGUGAAGCAACGGGUGAAGCAACGGCCGAUUUCGAGGAUCCAGAGGAUUUCGAUCCAGAGAAUCCAUGGAUCCACUGGAGGCGUGAAGGCAUUUGGAGCGCAAGUGAUCUCAGAGCGGUCCAUCAGCACUACUCCGCAUCCCUUCAGUUCCAACCAUGGAACCUGUUGCGCCUUCGUGUCCUCGCCGAGCAGGGCACGUGGUUUUGGUGGGGCCAGGUCGGACGUCCGCUGAUCCGAACCUCGGCGAUCCGAGCUGGUCCGAUCGAGCUGGUUGCCUUUCCAACCACCGAGGGGUCGGCGAUUCUGGAGUCGAAUGGUUGUUUGGGCACCAUGCGGUGUGGGAAAGGAAUGCUCGAGUUUGUCAUCACCCAGUCUUGUAGGCUGGGCUUUGUGACCUGGGAGGAAGCGGAGCGGCAUGAGCAUUGCUCCUGGGUGCUGAAGGGCAGCUCUGCGCCCGUGCGCGGCCGAGAGGAGACGUUUGUGGAGACGCAACUCCACGUUUUCAAAGGAUUUCUGAACAAGAACUUUAUGGAUGAACUGGGCCGAAAACCUCGGGGAAAGUCGACGCGCCGAGCGAAGACCGACGGGGUUCUUUCGGGCGACGCGAAGGUACGGGAGUUGGUUCGGCAGAGAGCCAAAGCGAAGCUCUGGUGCCAAACAUUUUGCAGUCACAAGCCACCAGAAAAAGAAAUGAAGGUAACUUGCUUUAAAUUUGGCUUGUUCGUGUAAUUGCCCAGAUAUGUCCUGCAGCUUCAAAGACUUCUUUGAGAGUGGUUUGUCCAAGAGUCUGCCAGGAAGCGCAGGAACAGCAGGCAGACGGAACUUGAAGCCACAGAAACAAACCUAGGCAGAGGGGACCAUGUUGCCUUCGAGUCAUCCAACCUUCUGCAAUUCUUUCUCAGUGCCGCUCGAGUUGUCCAUAUUUUCGAUGAGUCCUGCGCGCCGCUUCGUUUUUCUUGCUCAAGAUGUCCAAGCGCGCGCGGCGCUUCUCGCGACUGAAGUGAAUGGGCGAGAUUCGGGAAUUCUGGGACGGAAAGUCUACUAGGAGCAAGGACGCUACUAGGGCUCCUGGCAUCGCUACUAGGAGCAAGGAUGCUACUAGGGGCUCCUGGCAUCGCUACUAAGAGCAAGGAUGCUACUAGGGGCUCCUGGCAUCGCUACUAGGAGCAAGGAUGCUACUAGGGGCUCCUGGCAUCGCUACCAGGAGCAAGGACGCUAGGGACGGAAAGCAUGUGCUGGAGUUCAAGAUCGCUGAAAUGCACCUGAAAGGGGAUCUUGGAGACGCAGGCGCAAGGUAGGCGAGGCGAUGCUAUGAGCGGUGCGCGAUGCGAGGUGACGAAGUGAAGUUUGCAGGAAGAGGAAUCCUAGUAGCAACACGAUGUGGAGAGGUCUCCAGCAUCUGAGAUCUCUUCUUCAGUUCCUUUGCAAGACGGGGAUGAACCAGCUCCUUUGGCAGAUGUGCUUCUCCAGCUGCAUUGCAAGACUUUGAAGGUGAAAGAGGUGAAAGAGAUGAGUUUUUACGCGAGGUUGAUGAGGAUGGCCUGCCAUCAGGAUGGAUGUGAACACCAACGGCGGUUCAGGGAGUUGGAUGUUUGGUGUGAUUUCAUCGGGCCCCCAUGUAAAACUGUUUGCACGCGCGGCAACAGG